AUGCUGAAAGAGAACGAAUUGAACAAGACCAUGGUAGUGAACGCCACAAUCCUGAAGGGGGAUAGGGCGAAGGAAGAGAUCCGUUUGGAGAGGUCCAAAGCAAAUUUUCGGAGCGGCAGAAGUGAGGGCUACAACACAAAGCUUGCGGGGGCUGCUGUUUCCGAGAGGUUCGGCGCUGCUGCUUUGGAUGAAGAACUUCGUUUUCAUUUUGAUUGUGCCUCGCGCUGUGCGCAGAUGACCGAGUCGGACCGGGAGGCCAUCAACGGUAUCUACAGGUCUGCUGGGUGCGGCAGUGGCGGCCCUGGAUCACAUCCUGUGUGCGCCUCAUCGAUGGAGCAGCUGUGUGUUGGAAGCUGUGGUGGCGGGCAGCAAGACAUGGCCACCUUUUUGCCUGGCGCUUUUGGUCCUGGUUCUUCAGCUGUCUCUGCGCGGACAUUUGAAGCGGACCUAGAGGCUCACAAGAGUUGUGCAUCCCGCUGCGUCUCCGAAGGAGUGGUAAUCUCAGCCAGUCGGGCUGAUGCAGCAGAGAAAGCGUUGGAAACCCUGCAGCGUUGCGGAGUCGUGCAGUUGCAAGGCGCUUACGACUUAAAAAGUUUGGAUCGAUUUCAACAGGCUUUUGACCAAUUGAGGUCCAAAGACAAGGCCUACAAGAAACUUUUGGAUCAGAAACAGCUUCACGAUGGCCGCUACCAGGUCUACCUGCCCUUCACCAAGCCCUUCUCUUCCAGGGAGACCAUUGGUGUAAGUGAUCUCGUUCUGGAGGUCCUGACGAUGUACUUCCAAAUGAGUGGCAAGGGCUUUGGGAUUGAUCAUGUCACGGUCUUGACCUCUUCCGCGGGCAGUGGCAACCAAAGCUUGCAUCCUGAUGUCCACUACUUCAAGGGCUUAUCCGUCUCGGUGCACACUGCUCUACAAGACGUGCCGUUGGAGAUGGGGCCAACAUUCUUUUGUCCCUGCACCGGAGAAUCCUUGUUUAGAGAGGAAUGGCCUGCCAGCGCGGCGAUCAAGAUGACUAUCCUGAAGCGGAAGGACUGUCUUGCCGCUCAUUUGGCCCCUGAGAUGACGAAACGCGGCACCGUCACCAUCUAUGACGGUGCCAUGUUCCACAAGGCGGCUGGGUUCCCCCCAUUUGCCAAGAGACGACCUACGCGGAACUUGACUGCCUUCACUUGGGUUCAGCUGCAUUCCUUCCUGCCUUUGGGGCUCCAAGACCCUGAGAAUCCUCGGGUGGACCACGUGCCCGUGCGAACUGUGGGCAGCAAAGUGGUUGGAAUUCAGAGCAGCUUGGCAGCAGAUUGCAGACACACAGGCUAG